ACCCACCAACACCCCACCCACCCACACUCACAUCCAUAUCCGCACCCCACACCCACCCACACCCACACCCACACCCACCCACACCCUCGGAGUCCACAAAUAUUAAUGAAACAACAGGGGUUACAUAGUAGGAUUCUAGUUGAAGAAGAAAAAGCUAACUUAGAGCAAUAAGUAUAUGAUGAGUUCUGGUAGAUUCCGAUGGAUUUUGACUAAUACAGUGGUAAUCAGAAUCUGUAGUCAUCCGGUGGGAUCUACUAGGAUUCGGAUCACUUUCCUUAUCUUCAAAUUAUAAUGUUGAAAUUAUAGUGUAGUUUGAUAGACAACAAUGAAUUCGAAUACUUUUUAGCGAAUUUCAUCAAACUUUGGUAAAUCUUCUUGACUUUGCAUAGCUUUCAACACACUCUGAUACAGUCCGAUGAAUACGUUUUAGGAUCAAUUAGAAUUUAUUACGAGCCGUCAGGUUCUGAAGACUGAAGGUCUAUGUUUUCUCGGUUUGUUUAUGAUGAACAUGUUUCGAAAUAUUGUUAAAUAAGAAAGACCAAUACUCUAUAAAAUGCGUCAUUCACCCACAUCCUCUAUUGUGUUCUAAAGUGAUAGCUGAAAAAGAAUGAGAAAGAGAAAAGAGAAGAGAAGAAACACGCAAGCAAGAAUAUAUUUGUACAUAUAGAUGGCGGAUCACUUGGAUAUUUUCCAAGAAAGAAAAACAAGUAUAGAAUUACCGAAAAAGAAGGAAUAUUUGCCAGUAUAAAAGAAGAUAAGUGAAAUGUAUGAUCACACUAAGCAUUUAAGUGCACUAAGCUUAACACAUUCUCCUCUUAUUACCGUAUGUUUUAUUCUAACAAUGUGCAUAGAUAUAUAUCAAAUCUUUCUUUUUUUUAGAUGCAUCGAAACCAAUAGUUUUUGACAACAGUUGCGACUCGUGCAUCUGUACGUAAAUAAAUGAAAUAUAUCUAGUCUCUUUUUAUAAAACUUUUUGUAUUCAGACUGACAUUCAACCACGAUUUAUUGAUAUUAUUAAUGUGUUAUGGGUUUACACAUUAGGCUUUUAUUUGCCGACGGUCAUCAUUUUAUUCAAGAUGUUAUUAUAGCUGGUAUUGCCACAUUUAAUCAAGGUCGAAAUUUUUGGUCAGCAAUGUUAAUCUUGUUAACGGGUUUUAUCAUGGGGUUUAUUCAUACACGACCUACUGUUAUAUUAUCGUAA